CUUUAAAAGUUGUUCAGAAAUGGCGUGCAUGAUUCAAUAUAAUUACUUUUUAAUAUUAUGUUUUUGCUAACAGGUUCUCCCACUCACCAUUAAUGAAACAGUCGUGUAUGCAUACGUUAUACACUACCAAUCUUAUAUGUAAAUGGGACAGCUCGGAGGUGACUACAUCAUGUUUACGUCUUACGCUUGUGCUCAGUAGACCGUCGGAAAAAGUAUUCUUAGUAUCACCUCGGUCGGCAACAUGGCUAUCCCCAAAAGGAUGAAAUUCUCUCUGGCAACUUUACUCGUUCAAGCAGUUUUCAUCAUCCUGUACGUAAUCUUUGUUGAUUAUGAAGAUGCUGCGGAUCCAACGAAGCCCAAAGCAGCUUCGCCUAUACCCACUUAUUAUCCAAUGUACCAGGACAUACACGUUAUGAUAUUUGUGGGGUUCGGAUUCCUGUACACAUUCCUACAACGAUACGGGUACUCAGGGGCUGGCUACAACAUCCUACUGGGCGCAGUCGCAGUCCAGUGGACGCUUAUCAUCCGGGCACUUUUCUUCCAUGAGCUCGCUUCCGGAGGUCGUGUACAGAUGUCCUUAACGGAAUUGAUCACAGGUGACUUCAACGCAGCCACGGUACUUAUCUCGUUUGGGGCCCUUAUUGGAAAAACGGGCCCUCUACAGCUUCUGGUCAUGGUAAUUCUGGAGGUCGUGUUCGCUAACCUCAACGAGUACAUUGGCACCGAACAUCUCAAGGUGAGCGAUGUCGGUGGAUCCAUGUUUAUUCAUGCUUUCGGAGCCUAUUUCGGCCUGGCUGUGUCACGUGUCCUGUACAAAGAACCGCACGAGUCUUCGUCCAAUCUUCGUGCCGGAUACCUGUCCGACAUCUUCGCUUUGAUUGGUACAAUAUUUCUGUGGUGUUUUUGGCCGAGUUUUAACGGCGGCUUGGCCUCCGAGGACGGCAGACUGAGGGCUGUCAUCAAUACCGUAGCCUCACUUGUCGCCUGUGUCGUGGUUACCAUGGCAAUAUCGUCCCUCCUCAGUCGGAGAGGCAACUUCGAGAUCAGUCAUUUGCAAAACGCCUCUCUUGCUGGUGGCGUUGCUGUUGGUACCUGUGCCAACAUGCCGAUCAAACCUUGGGGAGCCAUGGUGCUGGGGACGAUAGCAGCUCUUGUGUCAACCCUCGGGUACAAAUACGGCAGUGAUUUCUUGGCAGCCAAAAUGAAAGUCCACGAUCCGGCUGGCAUCAAUAAUUUGCACGGCAUGCCGGGAGUUUUGGCAGCAAUUGCAGGAGCCGCCAUGGCAGCGCUGGCAACGAAAGACAACUUUGGUGACAGUCUGUACGACAUCUUCCCGGCCCGGACGCCGAGUAUCAUCAACGGUACCGUGUACGCAGAAGACCGCACGGCUAUGGAACAGGGCGGGUACCAGAUUGCCGCCCUCGUCACAACAAUGACGGUGGCUAUAGUCGGCGGACUCCUAACGGGCCUCGUGAUGCGCCUUCCGAUCUGGGACGCGCCUGAAGAAAAUGACUUGUAUAACGACAGAGAUUACUGGGAUAUCUCGGAGCAUGGCUUCCCUUCCGACCCGACGGGUUUACAAGCAACCUCCUCCAACUCCACCGGAGGACUGCUGAGGAGUGCUGAUAACGCUGGGUAUGAUGGAAUUUAACAACCUGAGACCAAUCGACGAUUGGAUGUUAUUAAACACAAAUGUAUAUGCUAGCUGCGCGUCACAUGAAGACAUUCCAUUAACUCAACGAGCAGAAAUGUUUACGCAGAGAUUUACGCAGAGAUUUACGCAGAUAAAUGUUUACGCAGAUAAAUGUUUUUUAAAUAUUGGAAAUGAUUGUACAUAUACUUGUAUUCCAUCACAUUACAAUAUAUAUUUAAGCGCAAGAGUGAUUCAUUUAAGGAUUGGUUGUCAUAUUUUUGACGUUUAUUGGCGUGUAAACUACGUCGGGCUUGCGAUAUAUGGAAUGGUGCGCGUUAGCCCACCAUGUUA